AUGUCCACCGGCAACAUGGAAUUUUCUUCUGGACCCUCUCCUCGGUACUCGUAUGAUUUUACAAUACCGUCUCUUCGCGCCAAUGAACAAUCUUCGGGUAGACUCAGACCACAAGCUCCUGGGCCCCUAUCAUCGUCACUACCUCAAGCUUCACCGGAUUUAUUCGAUGAUCCGCACUCAUUUGCAGGCUCUGCUCCGAAUUCUGGAUUCUCUCAUGGUGCAUAUAUGCACCAGCCCACACCAAAUUUUAUUGCAGCACAGCAGGCUCAUGCCCUACAAGAACAACUCGCUAUAUAUCAAGCACAGCUUGCAGAGACUCAACUCAAGUUAAGCAAGACUAUUACCGAACGUGACACUAUCAAGGCGUCUUUUACCGAACUGAUUAGCAUACUGCGACUCCUGGAUCGCACCGACCCGCUGAACUUCAGUCUCACAAACGACUUGCUAACGGGACACGACAAAGUCCGUCCUUCGCAAGACUCUCACCCAAAAAUCUGUUUCUGGAGUCGAGCAGAUUACGACAAAUACAUUGAGAACGCUGAGUCUGGGACUGGAACUCAGGGUAAAGCCCCAUGGCUAGAGCUCGAGGAUGCCUGGGCUGAAUUGGUUGUUCAGAAAUUAGCUCCACCCACCUGGUCAAGGAUCUGUGCUACCAGAAAGAAGCUUGUAUUCGACAUCGUGGUGAAACAGUUCCCACUAUUCCUAUUCGACCACUGCGGCUGGAAACUCAAGUUGCUUUGCAUUACCGAUUACCCAUCCUGGCGUAAGAACAACCUUGGGAACAACGGAAACUGGAAGGACCUACCAGGCAAGCUCUCAGUCAAGGAAGAGCAUAUCGACGACUUGGAUGAACUUGACGCAGAGAUAUCGGAAUUGAAACACAAUGGACCCCGGGCUAAAGGAAACAGCAAGCGGCGCCUGUCUGACGAUAGCAAAAGCCUGGACCACCAAGACCAUUUGAAGAAACCUAAAUUUGACCCUGGCGCUAUAUCGCCAACCUUACUCUCAACCAAUAUGCCCCUGCAUCCAGAUCAAAACUCGGGGCCUGGCACUAGCACCGACAAAUGUGUCCCUUCGCCCAUCGAUGAUUCUCUUGCCCUCGAAAAUACUCUCAUCACGCCAACCUACCCACGUGAUGCAUCUACCCCACCAUUUGGAGUCUACUUACUGCAGCCCACUCCGCAAGGCCCGUCUCUUCCCCGAUCGCCUUUGCGCCAAACUGUGUAUACUUCUGAAACUAAGACCUUGCCAACUCCUCGCACACCAGGAACAUCUUGCGACAUACAACGUGCCAACAAAGAGAACACAAUUAUAUUGCAGGAUCCACUCGCCGAUAUUUUCGGACCUAACGGAAUUGCCAAGACAAUCCCUGCCCCAGCACUUAGCCCGAUCAAGCAGACAAACGAAGACGGACCAAGUAUAUCCGACACCAAGUCAGUUGUAAAAACGGAGGGAAAGAAGAAGAUGCGACCUGGUGCCGCGAAGAACGCUCGAAACUUAUGCGCAUGGCGUUGGCUAAAGCAGGUCAAUGACACGAGUGGAACAACCGAAGAAUUCCGCGUGUAUUGGGCAGCACUCGCGACCACACAGCAAGAUGAGUACAAGGCCGACACAGAGCGGUUGCAAAGCACAGGGGCAUGGACAAAGGGUUCUGAUUGUGCCGUCUGCGACGGUGCACUAUACUAG